GAGGCCAGGGUGUACACUGAGAUCCAGGCCGGACCUCUGUUUCGGGUCGUGGGUUCCCUGCUCUCCAUCUCCUGCAACGUCAGUGGCUUCAAGGAUGAAGCGGCUGAAAAAAGCUUUGAAUUCCGUGUGGCAAAACCUGCUCGCCCAAAUUUCGAGAUCAACAUCAUCAGCACCAGCGACCCUGGGUUUGGUUACGCCAGCCAUGAAGUUCGCGUGUCGGACAAGGAUAUCACUCUUACCCAUGUCGAUCCCAACUCAGCCCUUUUUCAGAUACAAAGACUGCUCAAAGAAGAUGAAGGAGAAUAUGACUGCUCUGUUGUUGAUACAGAAAGCGGUUAUGAUGGCGUCUACAGUGUUAAGACAACCGUCAAAGUGAUUGACAACUCUCUAAGUGUUUCAUCGAGCGACUCUACCUCUCAGCUGAUCUACAACGAAGGAGACGCGCUCAGUUUGACAUGUCAAGCCUCCAGCAACACCAUCCAGCACACCCACCUGUCUCUCAUCUGGUACCUCCAGAAAGACGGACAGGAAAACGCUCAGCCCAUCAUUUCUCUGGACAGAUCCUUCACCCUGAGCCCGGGCCAAAAGUACGAGCAGCGUUACAGAGAGGGAGCCAUCAGCUUAGAUAAAUUAGGAGAGGCCACUUACAGGCUGAAGAUGGCUCGGCUUGAGGUGUCAGAUCAAGGGAGAAUCUACUGCCAGGCUCAAGAGUGGAUCCAAGAUCCGGAUCGAUCCUGGUACAUGAUCGCCGAGAAAGAUGCAGAGGAAAUUACCCUGACGGUCAAAGCCAGAGAAGUGACAGACAUGUCAUCUCUAACGGUGAGCGUGGCGGCAGAGCAGACAACUCUGCAGGAAGGGGACGAGCUGCUGUUGUCCUGCAGCAUCGACACCCAGAACCUGGAGGCACGGUUCUUCUCCGUGGCAUGGCUGUGGAAGGGCAUCGAGUUGGCCCGAGUCGGCCCCACAGGAAUCUUGUCCGUGCACUCCGGAUACAGCAGUCGCGAGAAAGAAGGGGAGAUGAGGGCCAAUCGGAUUGAAAACAGAAAAUACUCGCUGAGCUUAAAGCCGGUCCGAACCACGGACCAGGGAGAGUUUGUCUGCAGAGGGUGGCUGGAAGAGAGAGGCAGCGAUGGAAGUUUUACCCCGGGGGCACCCCAGGAUUCAAACCCCCAGCUGAUUACAAUUUCAGCUGCAGAAAGUGAGCUCUCGGUGACGAUGAAAAGUCCUGUAUCAGUUGACCAAAGUGAAAAGUUGAGACUCGUCUGUAAAGUGAUURGAUACAAGGAUCAUCUCUCUGUCACCUGGCAACGCAAGCUCCAACCCCAAACAGCCUUGUUCACCAAAGUCAUCGGCCUAAAUCAGGACGGCGUUAUGGAGACGGCAAACAAUUUCAAGAGCAGGAAAGUGAGAGCCAUGCACGUAGAGGCUGAGGGCUUUGUUUUAGAGCUUGAAGAAGUCCUUCCCUCAGACUCGGGUGUUUACCAGUGCACCGUGACUGAAUGGAAAACCAACGGCAAGACUCACAGCCAGUCACAAUCUGCCAGCGUGACUGUGAAUGAUAUUAAAUCACUGGUGAAAGUGUCUCUGAAAACUCGCCAGAACCAACUGACCGUGGGACAGGACGGGGAGUUGAUAUGCAARGUUCAAGGGCUACGUGUGCCAACGAUUCUCAGCUGGAGCGUGCUAAAAAACUCCAGCAGAAACACUAUUGUGACACUGUCCUCAGAUGGUCCAAUUAGUUGGUCUGGAGAUCAGCGCCAUUACCAGGUUUACGUUGAAAAGCAGGACAAAGCAGUCGUWUACUUCCUGAAGAUCAUCGGUGCCAGCCACAGGGAGGCUGGGCUGUACCAGUGUAUCGUGUCUGUCUUUCUGGAGAACAAUUAUAUGGAGCUAAAAGACUCAUCCUCCCUGAUGGUGAAUGUGAAGAACCCAGUGAGCAAUCUAGUCCUUGCUUCCAGCGCCAAAUCUCCACAAAAUGUCAACGCUGACGUUCAAAUAAACUGUACAGUUUCUUCAAAACCAGCUGAUUCCUGUUCCUACGCUGUCACCUGGCUGUAUGGUAAUAAGACCAUUUUAGGCUCUGACCGGAAUGCUGUUGUAACAUUUGGGCCACAUUUGGAGCAGAAGGACAGAUUGCGAAUCAGCUUGAGGCGCAUAAAUGGGCAAACUUUUGAGUUGACUAUUCGUCAAGCUACACUUUCAGACAAAGGUCUGUACACAUGCAAAGUGGUGGAGUGGUUUCUAAGUCCUCAUGGAGACUGGUAUUCACUUCCAGAAAAGUCUGUGGAUACAAAGUUAGACAUAACUGAACCUGCCAAUGAUCUUAUUGUAGAUAAUAAAAAGCAGCAGCUAACAGCCAGAGAAGGAGCUGAAGUGGAGCUCAGGUGCAACAUCAGCUCAGAUGCAUCUGCCCUUUACUACAAAGUCACGUGGUUUUACGCUCCACCCAGAUCCCUGAGCAGGAAUUCUUCCCUGGUGGAGCUCGAUCACACUGGACUGCUGACUUACCCACAGAACCAGGAGCUCAGUGGCCUGCAGGGUCGGCUUCGUCUCUCCAGACCCACUCAGAGCAACUUCUACCUGGGGAUUCAAAGGGCCCAUAAAACAGACAGUGGGGUCUACUGGUGCCAGGUGGAGCAGUUCCAGCGGGAUAAUGAGGGUCGAUGGGAACAAAAGGCCUCCAAAAGUUCUGGCCCCAUGAUGCUGACUGUAAAUGUCACAGCUGCAAACCUGUCAGUUACAGCCGCAGAAGAUCAGAUGAACAUAAGCAACGCUGAGAACUUCACCAUUCCCUGUCACGUCACCCGACAAUCCAGCGACGAAGCCCAGUUCCAGGUCACGUGGUUCUGGCAGAACGCUGCGGAUGUUACGCGUCCCAUAUUCACAGCUUACCGAAAUUCCACUUUACAAGCCAACUUCAGGAAGGACGCUCUGAGGUUCGACCACCCUCUGCCGCGCCACUUCGCCCUGACGGUUUUGAAGCCUGGUCCUGAUGACAGCGGCCUGUAUUUCUGUGAGGUAGAGGAGUGGCUCCACUCUCUGAGCCUGGGGUGGAGGAGUGUUGCCAAGAUGAAGUCAGGAAACUUAAAUGUCACUGUUCACACAAACGGAAACACACAAGCUGUCUCUGGCUGCUCGUCAGCUACGUGGUCCGUGGCGCUUGUGGUUACUGUCAUCGUCUCGCUCUUAGUCAUAACGAUUCUGAUGAUGAUAAUAUGCAAGACCAAGAGCUCCGGAGCGAAAACGUCAGCACCAUCUCUCUGGGCCGAACAACACCCUUUGAAUGACAAAGCUGCAGACUAAGACAUUUUUUAACCUCAGAUACUGAAAGGAGAAAAGUGGAGAAAAGAAAAAAAAGCAUUUCUUUUCGUUUUUCAUGUUGUAAAGUUUAUCCAUAAAUGAAGUUUCAAAAAUUGCACUGUAUUUUUUAUUUUAUUUACAUAUCUAUUCAGUUUAUUCCAUUAAUGCUUUAAAUCCUUUGCAGAUUGGCAGUUUAGCUUUUAUAAAUUACUGAUAUUCAUUAAAAUCAGUGGAUUUGAAUGAUUUGUACAUUUUCUACAUUUUAAAGCAGUUGAAUGUGAGAUGCUGUAAAACCACAGUAAAACAGGAAGUACCCUGUGGUUUUGCACAGGAUGGCUGCAGGUUAUGCUUGUGUCAGACAUUCUGACUGACUUUUUUUUUUUGAAGGAAGAAGCACGCACACAAAGUUUGUGAAAACUUGUCUCAUUUCUGCUGCCAUUUUGUAAGCACGUUCCAGAACCACGUUGUGAACAUUUGUGAGCUUUGUUUUUGCUGAUGACACCUGUUUUUCCUUUGGAAGCUGCAAAAAAUUGCAACAUUGCAAACUUGAAAUUAAAGUAUCUGCGAGAAUUA